UAAACACACCCGCCGCACCGCACCCUCCACCUCUUUGCACCGUCCCCCCUUUUUUCGUUUCUGCGCACAUCCUCUACUGCUGUCUGACCGGAUGAGUUACCCGGUGGACACGAUAGGGAGUCCCUUCAGGAGAGUGAUGGACACCAGGACGAGUAGUUACGGCUACAGCCGCUCCAGCGGCACCCCUUCCAGCGGCUUCCGCUCCCAGUCCUGGUCCCGGGCGAGUCCCGGCUCCACCGUGACCACGUCUUACAAGCGGAGCGUGAACGUGCCGGUGUCCCGGGCGUACAGCUCCACGGUGCUCAGCUCCGCCGACAGCGUUGAUUACAACCAAGCCUCCAUCCUGAACGGAGACUACAAGCGAUCGAACGAGAAAGAGCAACUCCAAGGGCUCAACGACCGCUUCGCCGUUUACAUCGACAAGGUGCACUACCUGGAGCAGCAGAACCAGCAGAUCGAGGCGGAGAUCCAGGCACUGCGGCAGAAGCAAGUGUCGCGCACCCAGCUGGACGACCUCUAUGACCAGGAGCUGCAGGAGCUGCGCUCCAUGCUGGAGCAGAUCCACCAUGACAAGGCGCAAAUUCAGCUCGACACCGACCACAUCGAGGAGGACAUCCAGCGGCUCAGGGACCGCUUCGACGAGGAGGCGCGCAUCCGCGAGGAGACAGAGGCCAUCAUCCGCCUGCUGAAGAAGGACACGAGCGACUCGGAGUUGGUCAAGUCCGAGUUGGAGAAGAAAGUUCAGUCCCUGCAGGACGAGAUCGCCUUCAUCCGCAACAACCACGAGGAAGAGGUGAGCGACCUGAUCGCGCAGAUCCAGGCGUCUCAGGUGACCGUGGAGAGGAAAGACCUCCAGAAGGCGGACAUCACCGAGGCGCUCCGGGAGAUCCGCUGCGAGCUGGAGGGCCACUCCAACCAGAACCUGCAGCAGGUGGAGAACUGGUUCAUGUGCCGCUACGCCAAGCUCACCGAGGCUGCGGAGCAGAACAAGGACGCCAUCAAGUCCGCCCGCGACGAGAUCGCCGACUACCGCCGCCAGCUGCAGUCCAAGACGGUGGAGCUGGAGUCCGUGCGCGGGACGAGGGACUCUCUGGAGAGGCAGCUGAACGACAUCGAGGACCGUCACAACAGCGACCUGGCCAGCCUGCAGGAGACAAUUCACCAGCUGGAUAAUGAGCUCAAGAGCACCAAAUGGGAGAUGGCCCGUCACCUGCGUGAGUACCAGGACCUGCUCAAUGUCAAGAUGGCCCUGGAUAUUGAGAUUGCUGCAUACAGGAAACUCCUCGAGGGUGAGGAGACCCACUUCAGCACUUAUCCUUAUCGCCAGGUGGUCUCUUCCAGCAAAAUCUCCAAACCUAAAUCAGAGGGCUCCAGGCUGAAGGUGCAGCACAAGUUUGUGGAGGAGAUCAUUGAGGAGACAAGGGUUGAGGAUGACAAGGCAGAACUUGAUGAAGACUUGGCAGAGAUAGCACAGGAGCUGUCCGCAGAGGGAGGAGACGAGGGAGAGGAGGAGGCGGAAGAGGGUGGCGAGGGAGAGGAGGAAGAGGGAGAGGAGGGAGAAGCAGAGGAAGGGGGAGAGGAGGAGGAGGAGAUCGUAGCCGCCACCGAAGCCAAAGUUAGUGCCAGUGCACCCAGCAAGGAUGAAGAGGAGGAUGAGAAAGGUGAUGAAGAGGGAGAGGGCGAGGGCGAUGAGGAAGGAGAGAAAGGGGAGGAAGGCGAAGGUGAGGGAGAGGAUGAGGGAGAAAAGGGGGAUGAUGCCGAAGGAGGAGAUGAGGAGGGAGAAGGCGGCGAGGAAGAGGAAGUAGAGGAGACAGUGUUGUGCUCCAAAGCUCCAGAAUCUAAAGCUUCGCCCAGUAAAGAGAAGGCCGGAGACAAAGAGGGCAGCGGAGGAGAGGAAGAGGAGGCUGGUGCCGAAGAGGAGGGCGGCGACCAGGAUGAUGAUGCAGGUAGUGACAAAGGAUCAAAGAGCGGCGAUGAGAAGGAAGAAAAAGAGGAUGCAGAGAAAGGAAAAAAGGAAGAUGAAAAGGCAGCAAAAGAUGAGAAGGAGGAUGACAAAUCAGAAAAAGCUGUAGAAAAGUCAGAGGCUUCAAAAACAGAAGCUGCAAAGCUUGAGGUCACCAAGGAGGAGGCUCCCAAAACAGGGGGAUCAAAACCAGCCUCUCCCAAGUCCGAAUCCCCAAAACCUGCCUCUCCAAAGUCUGAAUCCCCAAAGUCUGGCUCUCCAAAGUCUGAAUCCCCAAAACCUACCUCUCCAAAGUCUGAAUCCCCAAAGCCUGGCUCCCCCAAAUCUGAAUCUCCCAAACCUGCUUCUCCCAAAUCUGAAUCCCCCAAACCAUCCUCUCCUAAACCUGAGUCACCCAAAGAAGGCUCACCUAAAGCUGGAUCCCCAAAACCCAGUUCCCCCAAAGCUGAGUCCCCGAAGAGUGAGACCCCCAAGCCCGAGGCUCCCAAGGCCACUGAAGACAAACCAGAGAAAAAGAGCGAUGCAAAAGAAGACAAGAAGAUAGAGAAGAAAGAUGCUGCCAUGAAUGGGGAACUUGAUAAGAGCAGCCCAGAGGAGAAAGAAAAGAAAGACGAGGAGAAAGAGGCCGACGUGAUCGCCAACGGUGUGGAUGAGAGCCCAGUUAAGGAUGACGGAAGCCAGAAGGUGGUGAUCACCAAGACCGUGGAGACGAUCACGACCGGAGAAGACGGCUCCAAGCACGUGACCAAGUCCGUCACCGUGACGGAAACCGUGAAGGAGGUGGAGGAGGUGCUGCAGGAGAAGCUGCUCUCCACCAAGAAGACGGAGAAGCACUCCACCCAGUCCAUCAAGCAGGUGUCAGAGGGCGACUGAGCGGGAAUCCAAACGGCCGAAGAGGAAGCGGCGUCGGAGCAGGAGGAGGGGAGGGUGGGGACCAUGAGGAGUCGACACGUCAAGCAAUCAAACCAGAACUAACAUAACAAAGAAAAUCAUACAGCUAGAGCGAUGUAAUAAAGAUAACCACUCUCAACCAUACAAAACAAAUCGUAGAGAGAAGCCAAAUCCUGAAAUGCUACCAAUUUCCAAACUGCAUGUUGAGUGAGAGCUUUAAACGGGCUUCGCUGCAGACGCAGUCAGGAGCAAGCGACUGGACAUUUUAUUCUCUUUUUCCUCUUUCAUGGUGAGCUCAGGGUCGGGUUGGGUGGGAAGGGGAUCUCUGCAUGCAAGCUCAGGGGAGGGGAGCACGCUCCUCUCUUAUCCGUAUGUCCGGUGGAAACAGUGUAAAAACAGUAAAUAUUGUAAAAGGGGAAAUUAUAACGUGU